GGGGACCCUUUUUACGAACGGACAGACCAAACAACGACACGUUCAGCUAAUUUUCACAUUUUUAGCGUUGUUUUUGGUGUAAUUGGACAAGCAAGGAUGCAGACUAUAGUCACACGCUACAGUUGUAGAUAACCGCCAACUCCACAAAAUUACGCAUUUUUACUUGCAACAGUAUUUGCACAGCGUUUUUAUUUAACAUUAUGUCGGCGACCGUUGCUCUGCUCCCCGUUACAAACUGAUUGUUUUUUCUUUUUUUGGACAGAAGUCACAACAGAGUCUUUAGCUAAUGCUGCUGACAAGUGCUCGCCUGUCCAAAGUGCUGCAGCUCACCCUGGCGGUCAUCAAACCAGAUGCUGUGGCUCAUCCUUUGAUGCUAGAGGCUCUUCACCAGAGAAUUCUAGACAACAACUUUGGGAUUGUUAGAUGCAAAGAUCUGGUCUGGAGACGACAGGACUCUGAGAGGUUUUAUGCUGAACAUUCAGGGAGAUUCUUCUAUCAAAGACUUGUUGAAUUCAUGUCAAGUGGGCCAAUGCGAGCGUACAUUUUAGCCAGGGAGGAUGCCAUAAGCCACUGGAGAGAAAUGAUGGGGCCGACCAAAGUGUUCAGAGCCAGAUUCAACUCGCCUGCUUCCAUCAGGGGCCAGUUUGGACUCACAGACACAAGGAACACAACUCAUGGCUCAGAUUCUCUUGAGUCGGCUCAAAGAGAGAUUACUUUCUUCUUCCCAGACUUCUGUGCAGACGAGUGGAUGAAAAAGGAGGAGCCAUUGUUUAGAUCAGGGCAGAUCCGUUAUGACCAUCAAAACCAGAUUCACACACUUUCAUUGUCAAGCUGACACCAGAUCAGCUCAAUGCUGUCAACAUCAUCAGUAUAAAGACUAAUACUAUUACUGUUUAUCUAUUGCUCACAUAUAUACAGAGGUACCUCAGCUGAAGGCCACAUGAUUACCUGAUUGUCUUUGAGCAUUGCAAAUGAGUUCAUUUUAAAAGGACAGUACAUUUCGGUGUUUAAUUUAUUAUCAUUAGAAAACACAAAUAACGACAGAAUUUUAAAAAGUAACCUCGAUAUCUUACAAAACACGAUGCUGUUUUCUUUUUUAUUAUCACAAACCUCCGUCCAGGCUUCACUGUAAAUAGUGCAAUCAUCACAGUCAGUUUCCUGAGCCUUUUGCUUUGUAGGACAGCAGCGACUACAAAUGGUGCAUCAAUGCCAAGUAACAAAACUAUGAAACAUUUAUAUCAUAUUAAAUAAUAUUGCAGUAAUAGUUUUACACCUAUGUUAAUGUUCAACCACAUCUUAAAAUGUGAAAAUACUCUGGAUUAAACUAUUUUCGAGUUCAGUGCUAAGCAAUGAUUUCUUUACACUGAUGUGGAAACAAGCUGUCAGCUGUAAUAUACUACAAUUGCUUUUAAUAUGACAUUCGCUGUAACAUACCACGUUUCGUUUUGCCUGUUACUCCAUGCUUGUUUGAUCAAAUGUCUCUUGUAAAAGUCUCCAACAUGUCAGUAAAACAUACAUCGUACAUUAUUAAAUGCACUAGAAAUCUGAUUUUUGUGCUUUCGACACCUGUCAGACCACAAAACCUGUUCGAUUUCUUUCGCAGUCAUAAUUGUUGUCAUUUUUUGGCUUCUUCCAAUGUCCCCCUGCACUCAGGUGUUUUGUGUUGCCACCUGUUUGAUAGCUUCCACUGGUUUCAUGACCUCAUAUGUCGUGAGGGACUUCUUCACCUUCCCGUUCUUGUCCACCUGGUGGAUGCUCUGGGUGACUGUAAUGGUCACCUGCUUGGUCGACAUCCGAUUGUCCUGCCAUUUUGUCUGUUAAUGGAGAAUAAAUGGACAAUAAAAAAACAAUAAAAAAACACUGAAAUACUGACAA